UGUCAUAUAACCAUAUUGAUUACCUACAUAUUUAAUUGUUAAUUAAAUAUGAUUAUUAAAUAUAUUAAUUUGAGCAUAAGAUAUUAUUUAUUUUAAAUUCUUAAAUUAUUAAAGAAUGAAGAAAUUCAAGAACAUUGAAAAUAUAGCUGGCUGUCUAAAGCUACUGCAACUCUCUCUCUCUCUCUCUCUCUAAGCUUUUUUGGCUUGAAGUCUGAAAGAAAGAGAAGUUAAUCAAGAGAGGAGAACAAGAAUAUUUGUUGAAGUUGGUCGUCGGAGGUCAAAGUCAAACUCCGGUUACCGGAAAAAGUCAAGAAUGAGCGCAUCUCGGUUUAUAAAGUGCGUGACAGUCGGCGAUGGAGCUGUUGGGAAGACCUGUAUGCUUAUUUCUUACACCAGCAACACUUUCCCCACUGAUUACGUGCCUACAGUUUUUGACAAUUUUAGUGCAAAUGUUGUGGUAGAUGGGAGCACUGUAAAUCUUGGAUUGUGGGAUACCGCAGGUCAAGAAGAUUACAACAGAUUGAGACCUUUGAGUUAUCGAGGUGCUGAUGUCUUCAUACUUGCUUUUUCCCUCAUUAGCAAGGCCAGCUAUGAGAAUGUCUCCAAAAAGUGGAUUCCUGAAUUGAGGCACUAUGCGCCAGGUGUUCCAAUCAUUCUUGUUGGAACAAAGCUUGAUCUUCGAGAUGAUAAACAGUUUUUGAGUGACCAUCCUGGUGCGGUUCCAAUAACUACAGCUCAGAAUGUGAAGGCAGUGUUUGAUGCAGCCAUUAAAGUGGUUCUGCAGCCACCAAAGCAAAAGAAGAAAAAGAAGCGAAGGGGUCAAAAAUCAUGCUCCAUUCUGUAACUUUGUGCACAAGAUUUUUAGUAUGAAUCGAAUGGAAAAAUGGGAAGAAAGUUUGACUUUUCAAUGGUGAAUGCUCAAGUGUUGAUCACUGUGGCCUUUAUAUAGUUUUUGAUGAAUUUGCUCACUUUUAUUGUGUUUUGUGUUGUGUAAGUUGAUAUAUGUAAUUCUUUAACACCAAAUAGUUGAGACUUUAGGGGACUAUUUGGGUAAUAUGUAAUAUGGUUUUAUGUAGAUUGUGGAAAGAUGUUGAUUUUAAGAGGGUUGAAAAUGAAAUUACUUUUGAAUGGUUA